AUAUAAAAGACGCACUUGAGCUGAUCGAAUUAAACAGUUGCACUGCAAGCAGCAUCAUCACAGUAUCAUCAAGAAGCUCAACUCCCAACAAGAUGUACAAAUACCUCUUUUGCCUGGCUCUCAUCGGUUGCGCCUGCGCCGACAACAUCAACAAGGACGCCCAGAUCCGCAGCUUCCAGAACGACGCCACCGAUGCCGAGGGCAACUAUCAGUACGCCUACGAGACCAGCAACGGCAUCCAGUUCCAGGAGGCCGGCAAUCCCAGCGGGGCUCGCGGUGCCUUGGCCUACGUUUCGCCCGAGGGCGAGCACAUCUCGCUGACCUACACGGCUGAUGAGGAGGGUUACCAUCCUGUGGGCGAUCACCUGCCCACCCCGCCUCCAGUGCCGGCCUACAUCCUCCGCGCCCUCGAGUACAUCCGCACCCAUCCCCCGGCGCCCGCCCAGAAGGACCAGCAGUAAUCCAGAGGAGCAGCA